CUACGGAACAGUGGCGGCCGCCGCGUCAUCGGCGGUGCCAAAAUCAAUAAUCAGUAUUGUUUAUCGAUUUUUUUCUCUGCGCUCAACCGUCGCUGAAGCCGCGCGCGUUUCCCGUACAAGCCGCCCCCGUGCAGUGUGCGUAUAGCGCGUGUACAUGCUCCUGUCUCGCCGACCGCUUAUUUUCUCCGCUCCGACCAGUGCGUCGCCUGUCCGCCCUGUGCAGCAGCCGCCGUACACGCAUCGCCGCCGUCAGCAGCUGCCGGACUUGUUGUCGUAGUCGCGGGCCAUCGGCUGCAGCGUAGCAGUUGGUGACUUGCCGUUGUGGAUCCGUUACCGGACGAAGGGCUAGCGAUCGCAGAUUACCAUUGGAAUUAUGUCCAACAUGGCAAAUGCUGAAAACUACCAAUUAAAAUGGCAUAGUCACGGUGCUCAUUUACAUUCGACUAUUGCAACGUUACACGGCACCACGGCGUUCACGGACGUGACGCUGAGUACGACCGACGGCCGCAACGUGUCAGCGCACCGUUUCGUGUUGUCGGCGUGCAGCGCGUACCUAAACCAGGUGUUCCAAAGCUGCCUGUCCAAUAAUUUGGUCAUAGUACUGCCGGCCGAUAUCAGUUAUCGUACGCUUUGUAUAUUGCUCCAAUACAUGUACAGCGGCGAAGCAACGGUCACCAACAGUCAGCUGGACCGGGUCCUAAAGGCUGGCGAAGUGUUGAGGGUAAGAGGACUAUGCCGGAGUAACGAGAACACGGUAGGCGUUGUGCCCAGACAGCAGACACCCGACAACAACAAGGACGACAAGUCGAAGCAAAAGUCCAAAGGUGAUAUGCCGCUAUCAGUGCUGUCUGAUGGCAACGAAAAUAAAGAAAACGAAAAAGACAAGGACAACGACGACGGCGAGGUGAAGAAAGAAAAUUCGGAAAACGAAGACCCCAUGCACAACGCACUGCAACUGGAAAUCACCGUCAAGGAAGAACCGUUGGAAUGGAACGACAGUGAUCGAACUGAAAUGACCAUUCAACCGGAGCUUUAUUCCAAUUAUGACGAUGAUGACGAGGAAGCUGAUUCUGAUUAUUACGCUCCAUUGACAUGUGAUAUGUGUCAAGAAACAUUUCGAACACCAGCCCUUUGGGUUAGGCACAUACAAACUCAUGAAUUAGGCUCAAUUACUGAUUUACCAAAAAGAAAACGGAGAAAAACAACAGACGAAGACGACGGAGGUGAGUUACCUCCCUUACGUUGUGAACUAUGUCAACAAGAAUACCAGACACCCGGUGAUUGGGUGCGACAUAUUCAAAGUGCACACACAGAAGAACAGCUGGCCAUUACAAAUAGUUUAGCAAGUGGUGGAUCAGGAAUAUUACCCUCAGCUAAACGACCGCGACCAAGAAUAAUGAAUGGCCGCAAAGUAUGCCCAACUUGUACCAAGACGUUUCCAUCGCAUGCGAGCAUGUUGAUACAUAGUCGGACACACACAGGUGAACGACCAUACCAAUGUGGUGUCUGCAAUAAAGGUUUUAAUGUAAAAAGUAAUCUACUAAGACACAUGAGAACAUUGCACGACACAGUUAUAAGCCCUAACGCCAUGGUUGAAUACUGUAAUGCCCAAGAUGAGGUACCCCCUACAACAUAAAAAUAUUUAAUUUAACAUAAUUGUUUACAAAUGUAGAUUACAUUUUUACUUUUUUGGUCUAAUUU